GGGCGACAGACGGCAAAGCCCAACCUCAUUCUGACAGUCUCUUUCUGCAUCGUUGUUGCUGCUGCUGCUACUGGUGCCUCGAAGAUGGAGAGCAUGAUGAGAAACAAGCUCAAGAGCAGGAAACGUGUUGUGGAGUGUGUGAUGCGAGGAGGCCAGCUGCUGCGGGUGAGCGGGCACCGACGUUUUCUCAUUCAGGGAUGCUGUACUUGAUCAAGAAUGUCGGUAUGAGUGUGUGUGUGUGUGUGUCUAGAGUGAAAGUACUUUUGAGAAGUGGGUUCGCUGAGCUUAUUGUUGAUUUGUGUUCUUGUAUUAUUAUUUUUUUUGUUUUUUGUUUUUUAAAAUCUAGUGAGCAUUUCGAAUAGCGUGAAUGUGGUGAUCGUUGAGACGUUGAUUGAAGCUCACCAUCGCAUGAAGGCUAGGCGUGUGCUUCCAUGACUCUAGGGAAGGGGUUGGUGGGAGUGAAUGAGCUUGCUUGAGCUGAUUUUACUGAUUCCGGCGAUCAGUUCCUGAAUGGAAUUGAUCACCAGCGAUCGUUUGUACAAUCAGUCGGAAUCGUUACAAGCUUUACCUUCAACGUCGAUGCUUUCUUCUGCUGUCGUUGUCCAAAGGGAAUGUAGUAGUGGUUGUAUGGAAUGUUCAUCAGGAACUCAAGCACCUUACUGCAUUGCCGGAAUGUGUUCAUAAUUCAAGCAUGUCAGUUAAGGAAUUGGUAAGCCCAAGCAGGAAUGACUGAUUUCCCUACUAUUUCUUCCGUACUUUUUCCGUUCCUAUCUGAAACUAACCAUCCGAUCGAGGGUUUUGGAAAUAUCUGUCAGAGCAUCUCGCUACCCUUGGUUCAAUUUCUUGGUUUCACGUGUGAGAUUUCUUACAAGCUGCUGAACCUGGCUUUGUCCUGUAACGAUGCGUUUCUUCUAGUCCUGAAUUGGAAUCGCUUGGGUAUAAGUAAACGAUAUUGCUGUCAGAGGGACGUUGCCCAGGUUCCAUUUCCUAAGAUUCUGCACAGUCCUUGUGACAUUUGUCAAUUCAGAACCCCUACUGUCAACUGACGCCGCUAGGUACAGUGCAGUCAUGUUCAAGAAACCUCAAUGAAGCAAUUUGUACCACACGUCAAGCAGUGGACUGGAGGCACGAUUUGACGCAUAACUCAGCCGAUUAUAGCAAACUGAAUCAGUGAUGCAGAUUGGCAGGAUGCUGAGGAUCUUGGGAUGGACGUGAUACGUAGUCGGAAACUGAGUUUUAACCUUCGACUAUUCUAAUCGUCUCAAGAAUUUGCUCCACGUUUGGGUACAAGCUUCACACGGCUAUGCCAGCUCCGGACGAAGCCCUGCUUAAAUCUCUAGCAGGGCACCAUCCACUGGGAGAAACGUUAGGAUGCAUGGCGGGGCUCUUCCAAAUGUUUGAAGUCCACCCGACCUGCAUUGGCCGCAGGUACAGCUCAACUCGGACAGGUCCAACCGAGAUGAGAGCAGAAACAGGCGGCCAUUGCAACACAAACUUCGCAGCAGAACCUCGACACCGCUCCAACCUGGAUCAACGAGAGAAAAGCAAGCAUCAUCGAAAGACAAUCCCUGCAGUCUCGAGGGUAGUGAACAUGGGUGCAUCGGAGUCGUCCUCAGAUACCAGGAACCAUACUGUGGGAGGAUCUUUUCAGAAAGAAGUCGAAUGCCGAAGCGGUACAACCAAUACCAAUAAUGCACACCACACGCUCAGCAGUCGUUCUCACCAAAGCUACUUCAAAAGCUCUCAGCGACCUCAAGAUAGAAGAGUAGAUGGAUCACGAAAAGCGGCAGAAUCGUCACGAUCUUCAUCAUUUUCUGCUAGGUCCAAACCCAAGGAGAUUGUUCAUCAGAAAGAAGGGCUCAGGAGUUCAGUGAGCCUAUUUAGUAUUAGUGUCACCAAAGAUGCGGAUCUGUUGAAUGAUUCAGAUGAUAGUGCCAAGUCGCCCUGUAGAUCUGCAGGGAGAAUAGACAGUCGUCGUAGUUUUACAGACGGAAGAGGAGAUUCAACGAUGAGAAGUCUUCGAGGGAAAUCUCUUUCUAGAAGGGAUUCAGAGCAAUCUCUCAGUUCAAGGGAGAGUGUACUGGUUAGUAUCCCCAGCCAGAAAUGUGACCAUAACCAUCUUCCUAGCGGCGAAGCAGAUAGCAAGGGGCAUCGCCGAGUUCCUAGCGUCAUUGCUCGGUUGAUGGGAUUAGAGGAGAUUCCGAUCUCCAACCAGCCAUCGACAAUUUUUGCAUCAAAAGUUCCAGAUGCGCCAUCGAGAAGGGAUAAGCUCUUCAAAGGGCUUAUGCAAUUUGACCCGCAGGUUCAGAGGGCUGCGUCUCCUCCACCACCCACACCAUGCCAGUCGAAGAAAUAUGUCGUCCAUGGCCUUAAACCACAUUCGGCGUUCUGCAGGCAGCAGGCGUGUGAUGAGUACAAUUAUUUAGCUCAAUACAUAACGGAAGAAAGCUUAAGUCGCUGCGAAGAAGAUAAAGACUACGAACACGCAAGUACGAAGCCAUUCACACCAUUGGAGGAGGAGCGUCACGAAGGCUUCGCUUGUCCAGUAUUUGAGCAGCUGGAGGAAAACGAUGGCGGCUCCUCACUGGAGCUUGAACAUUCAAUUAUUCAAGAUGUCGACACAAACGUGUUUACUGAUAUGUUUAUGGAACCGUCUCUUCAUAAGAGAAAGAUGCUCCAGAAUGCUUUUGAAACAAUCCGUCCCAGGGUGCUACUUACAAUUUCCAGGCGCAAGCAGUCAGACGGAGGGAAACCAUCACCAGACAAGAUGAUCACUGGAGAUGGGCAUGUAGCGAUGAAGCUGGACAUGAACCACGAACAUCAGACCCAAGUUGAUUGCGCAAUCAAAGCUUCGGAGUCAUCUACUCCGGCAAAGAAUCUAGAUUCUUCACUGUAUCCCAUUUCCGGCAGUCAAGCGCAGGAGCAGCAGACAGAGAGCGGCGACAUUGCAGUGUUGAAUGUUCGGAAGCCUGCCAGGUCGCAAUUUUCAAAUGCGGAUAUCUUUCGAGUCAGGCACGUGGAGACAGCCUCCGGCGCUUCGAACUACAAAGAAACGUGCUCCAUAAAAAGCCCAGUUAUUUAUCGAAGGCAAGCAACCAAGCCCAUGACAUUCAAAGCAGUUGUAGACAAAGCACCUCGAAAUGCUCAUUCAGGAAAUACACUGCAAUACUGCUGGGAAUAUAACCCUUCCAGUGUUAGGCAAUUUGAAAAACCAGGAAAUGUUCAUGGUGAGUCCAAGAAGACACGUGACACUACAACGAAGCGCAAUCUAAGUUCUAGAACUCCAUCACUAGAUACACUAAGAAAUCAGAAAUCUUGCUCACUUCACGAAGGUUGCUCUUUGUUCACCCGAGAUUCACCCAACAGGGUCUACAGUGGCGGCAGAGUAGUGAGUAGAAAACCUUUUGCAAAAGAUGAGAGAGGUGGAAGAUCGUUCUCCCAUGAAGCCUUUUAUAGCAGCUUGAAGCAAGAACCGGCACAUUGCAACAGUGAGAAGACCGUGACCAUGGAAUCCAAAUCGAAGAAAACAAAUGCGAUUGAGGUAAGACCCAGAAACAACGCCGAUGUUAGCUUUUCAACAACAACAGACGCAGCAAAAAUCGACACAUCUGAUAGAUCGGAUCCUGCUCCUCCGAGGUCUGCUCCGAGACAGCUCCAAAUCCCAGAUACUGAACCUGUUUGGGUGAAAAGUCCGAAACUCAGGAGAUUGAAAGAGCUCAUUGUGUAUGUACGACGGUCACCGCCACCAGUACAAAACUUUGUAGGUUCCUCAAGAGUCGAACCUUAUAGAGAUACCACAGAGCCUUUGAAAUCUGGAGCAUGUAAUGCUGAUCUCCUUGAUCCUCAGUUAAUCCUACAGUUUUGGUUGCAGGUUCAGGAGGCAGCGUCCAAAGUCUGUAAGGAACUGACAACACCUCGAGAUGUUGCAUUGAAGGACGAAGAUUUGGACGACAAGCAGGCUGGAGGACUUGAUCGACCAAGAACUAUCUCAGAGGCGCACCAUGAAACUCCUGCUUCAAUGAAAGAAGCAUAUCUGGACUCCGGGGAGCUAUUCAGCAAGUGUUCUGCAGUGCUGCCCGCUCAAUCACAGAAUACUGCAAUAGAAAACCGUCUCGACAGGAUCCGAGCUAUUUUCCAGGAUGCGGGGCCGGGGGAAGAGAUGGGAUUCGUGGGAAGCUUUCUCGGGUCUCCACGAGGUGCACCUGACUGCAGAUCUCACAAUGAAAAAUGCAGUUCUGCGGAUUACGCGAGGAAACAAAGCACGUCGGAGUUGACAGGCACGAAAAACGGCGAUGGAAACUUGCUGCAGAGACUUCAAAGCAACAGCACACUUCAGGAACAUGAUCCAAACCUCCUGCUGGACUCCCUGGAAGAGAUCUUAGAAAGAGUCCUAGGAUUACAAUCGAACCUAAUCCUAAAGGCAGAACUCUACAACGACACAGUCCAAGCAAAACUCAAAACCAUGAAGCUGGAGCAAGAGAUAUGGAGGGAGCUGCACGACAUCCAGCGCACUCUACCAUCGGAAGACACUUGCAAGACUGUCCACAGACUAGUCCACAAAGACCUGCACAAUUGGCAAGGACUUCACUGGUGGAGCUACAGCAUCGAAGAGGGAAACAUUAGCAAAGAUGUGGAGGGGAUGAUCGUCGGCGACUUGAUAGAGGAAACUAUUCGUGACUUGUGCACACUGUAAUGCUAGAAUCCUCCCCUCCUCUCUUUCUCUUACUUGAGGCUGCAACAUACACACACACACACACAUGUAUGUAUAUAUAUAUAUAUAUAUAUAUUUUUUUUUUUUCUCAAAAGUUCAAUGAAAACUUCGCUGAACCCGUUAGCAUUGUCUAAUUCUUGUCCAGAGGACGGAGAGUAAGUUCAAGGAAGUGAGCUCUGAGGAAAACCCAUGAGCUGUGAGGAGGAGCUUUCAGAUGCAUCGAAACCACUUAAUCUUGAUGCAUCUAAACCAAUUUGUUGGUUGAAGAAUGAGAAUGGAGUUUGUAGUGAUUAACUCA